CAACUAUUAAACUAUUCCAAACACGACACCGUUUCCACUUCCUUCCUCCCUCGUCAAAACAAAACACAAAUCAGAAACCUGCAAAACCCUAGAAUUUACGAAAACCUAAUCCCUGAUCUCUAUAAAUGGCAAUUGCUCGAACUGGAGUAUACGUUGAUGAUUACCUUGAGUAUGCAAAUACAUUACCAGCUGAGCUUCAACGGCUUCUUAAUACUAUUAGGGAACUUGAUGACCGAUCCCAAUCAAUGAUAAAUCAAACAAGGCAACAGACAAACUACUGUCUAGGAUUGGCAUCUCAAAGCUCGAAAAAAGGGAAUGGUAGUAUUUAUAAUUGCUACAACACUAAUAAUAGGGAAGAGGAUGACACAGUCGAGAAAAUGAGGAAGGAUAUUGAGGCAAAUCAGGAUAAUGCAUUGAUUUUGUGCACGGAGAAGGUUUUGUUGGCACGGCAAGCUUAUGAGCUUAUAGACAGCCAUAUAAAACGACUUGAUGAGGAUCUGAACAACUUUGCAGAAGAUUUGAAGCAUGAGGGAAAACUAUCACCAGAUGAGCCGGCAAUUCUUCCUCCACUGCCUUUAAUAGUCCCUAAAAUUGAGAAACGCAGGAACUUUUAUGGAACACCUCAAUCAAAAAGGAUUGAUUUCAGGGAUCGGUAUUGGGACAGAGAACGUGAUAGGGAUUUUGAGCUCAUGCCUCCUCCAGGAAGCCAUAAAAAGGAUUUCACUGUUCCUGUUGAAGCUGAGCAACCCAUUGAUCCGAAUGAACCUACCUACUGUGUCUGCCAUCAGGUGUCCUUUGGAGAUAUGAUUGCUUGUGAUAACGAGAAUUGCCAAGGAGGUGAAUGGUUCCAUUAUUCAUGUGUUGGGCUGACACCAGAGACAAGAUUCAAGGGGAAGUGGUACUGUCCAACCUGCAGGAAUCUACCCCAAUUUCAAUGGUCUUGUAACAAAGUAGGAUUCUCAUGAGUUCCUCUUUCCCCCCAGCCCCAACACCAAUCCUUCCACCGUUUCCUCUUUUCUUUGCAGGAACAGAAAAGGAAACAGAUGUGUACAUAUCCACAACCAGGCCACAUGAUAAUCCAUUAUGCAUAUUUUGCUAUCAA